AUGGGUCUCUUCACCUACUUCAGCCUUGGAUUCUUCGGGUUCCUGGUCUUCAGUGCUUUCCUGGGAGCCGAGGCUGAUACCUGCGCCAGGGAGUGGCUGCAAAACCAGGGCAACUGCUAUGCGUAUUUCAAUGCUAAGUUGACGUGGCAAGAGGCUGAGAUUGAGUGUCAGAGCUACGGCCGUGGGGCACACCUUGCCUCUGUCCUCACUAAGGCAGAGACGCUCUUGGUGGCCGAGCACAUCUCCACUUACCAGCAAGAAAUAAGUGACGUCUGGAUCGGGCUCCACGAUGUCCGGCAGACCAGGAAAUGGAGGUGGGCUGAUGAAUCAACCUACAACUACAAGGCAUGGAUGACCCACCAGCCGGACAACUUCCGCAAAGCUGAGCACUGCGUGGAGCUGCGACGAUCCACGGGUUUUAAACUGUGGAACGACGUGCCAUGCAAGAAACUCAACGCCUACAUCUGCAAACAUGAACUCUAGAGAAGACUGUAGCUCCCAACUCUGCCUGCAACUGGGUCCAACAUCAAUCAAGAGAUCAGCUGAUCUGGUGGACGACUCUCUGAUGCCAUUACCUUCUCCAUCCCAUAAGCCGAAGACCAGCAUGCCAUCUCCAAGGAGCUGCUUCUUUUCUCUAAGUCUUCCCUUUAAUCCCUUUUUUUGUGUGUGUGGGUGCAGGCACAGUGUAAUGUUAAUAAAGUCUUUCU